AUGCCACGACGUUUGGUGGCUGGCUGCAUGGCAAACAGCCGUGUGAUGUGCUUCGUUUCACUGCUGCCACUACUACUGCUGACCGGGACGGAAGUACGUGGACAUGUUAGCGAACCAAGCAGCAGCAGCAGCAGCAAUUCCGUGCGUACGGUAAUGGAUCUGAUGGAGGUGAUGCUGAAUGGGAACAUUCUGGAUAUGUUGAAAAACGGUGGCUUUGACUUCCGGGAACCGGCUCGCAUCUUUCUGCCACCGAAGUUUUACUCCAUCGUGCCGCUCGACCAGGGUCACAUGAACCCAGACCAGAUCCUUACGUACGACCAGCAGCGGAAAGCCGUCUCUACCGGGCAGAGUCAUGACUUGCCAUCAUCGACAGCAAUCGGUGGAAAAGCCAUCCAGCAACAGAAGCCAUCUGGUGCGGUGGCCGGAGAUAAACCUGCCGGUCGGGGUGUGGUGAGCGAGUCGAGCGGUGGCACCAGGAUCAACUUGAUUUCGUAUUCCGAUGGCAAAGUGACGACAGCCGGCAGUGUCGGUAAUGGUAGGCGACCUGCGGUGACCAAUAAGGGAAGCGAAACAUUAGAGAAAAAUGUCGCUACAAAUGGGCAUGUGGGUGUGGUGCCGGCGAUGGCGAGAACGAAUUUUCAAGAACGAAUCAACGGAAAGGAAAUGACGCCAGCAAACGAGCAGCAGCGGUGGCAGCCGUCCCUAACGACCUCGAUAACGGAUCAAACGGUGUCACAAAAUGUCGGCCGCACACUUCCGACAUCCGGUCGGCCCAACGGUGGUGGGAGUACAACGGAUCGGCUACGUUCGGCACUGCCCGGUGAACCGGAUGUUGAUUAUCCGAUUUUGGGCAGCGUACCGCCGACUCAGUUCAGUUGCGAUAAACGCCAUCAUGGUUAUUAUGCAGACGUCGAGACGCGCUGCCAAGUGUUCCGCGUGUGUGCCAACACCGACUCUACCGGGCGUGGAUUUGCCUUCCUCUGUCCGAACGGGACUCUCUUUAACCAGCGCCAUCUGGUGUGCGAUUGGUACAUGAAUGUGCGGUGCGAGGAGAGCGAGAACUUUUAUCACGUGAAUGAUAAUAUCGGUGGAACGCCUGCCGGACGGUCGAUGGUGAGCGAUAAUCGGCAGGAUAUGAUGAAGGUUGUCAUGUCGAUGGUUACCUACCCGAUGCGUUCGCUGAUGGACAUGAUGAACGGGGUAGGCGUUAUUGAGGAGCGUGUCGGUGAUGUGCAGGAACGAACGGAGGAGGUUAAACAGCCCCCGUCUUCUAGACGAGACGAUUACGUGACUCCCGGCGCGGGUCUAGAGCCACCAUUGUAUCGGGAGCGGACGAGAAUUACCGGAAGCGUUAACAAUUUCAGUCCCGUAAUGAACAAUUUCGUGGCAGGUGUUAGUCUUCCGGUUGCUCCUCGUGCGGAUCAACAAUUGUCGAAUGCAUACCGACCAAAGCUAGACAACGUGUACGUGUCGAGCCUGGGCACAUUGUCCACCGAUCCGGAUUCUGGAUUCGAUCCGCUAAGGUCUACGGUGCUUACCAAAACUGAUGGCACUGCUGCACAAUUGUAUGGUGUACCACAGGCGGAUACGUUCGGAGUUGUAAAUGUGAAUCAGCAAGGUUUUGGUAGGCCUGUUGUAGCUUCAGAUGUUCAACUGGUCAGAGCUGAUUUGAUAAAAUCGUGGAACGACCAAUCGAAAGCAUCGCCUCAACAGAGAGUCUCAUUGAAGCUGACCCCGGUAUCGCAAGUAUUCGCCCAACAAACCGGCCCUGCUCAGCUCAAUAUUCAACCGCAACAUCAAACAACCCACAGCGUCUUCAAGCAAGGCUCGAUCCUUCCACCUACCGGUGUUCUACCACCAUCCAGCUUUUCACGCACGGUUUCCAUUGGCGGUACCCGGAAGCACGUUGACCCAUCCGCACACCGGUUUGCUCCGGUGCGCACAGUGCUUCCCAUCCAGAAGGUGACCGUUGUACCGGAAAGCUCGUACCGAAUGCAAACCAACUUCAACACACGGCUGGGAAACUUCAACCCGACGAAUACUCCAACGUACAGAACGACCCCGUUUGAUGGGGCCGGUUCCGUGCCGGUUCAGACGAUGUAUGUUCGAUCGGGGGAAAACUUCCCUCCGGUAGUUCAACUUCAAACCCAUGCACGGCCCGGUCCUCAGCGCACGGAGAUGCAACAAGUUCCGGUAGGGUAUAAUCGGCAUAUAAGUAAUACACCUUCGCCACUACUUCGCCGAAAUGAUGUACUGUCGGUGAUCCCCCCAACGGCCAGCGUGAGCCCUCGAAGGCUAAAAACAACCACCGUGUUACAGGUGGUACCUUCGCUAAGUUUUUAUCUGAACGAUGCAGAGGAAAAGCGAGCUUUCGAUGAAGCCGUCCGGCAGGGACUGUUUGAUGAACGGAGACGCCGGGCCUACACGUCUUACGAUGUACCACUGGGCAGUGUGGGACGACUCAGCUCAAUGGCUUAG